CUCUCCAUUCGCGUGCACUCUGUAGGUAUAGGUGCAGGCGCACCCAACCCGUACAACCCUCUCCUGGCAGCUGCUGCACGUGUGUGUCCCCAGAUAUAUAGAUAUAUACCUACACACGCUGUAGACUUUAUAGUUCGCGCGGAGCGACUUGCGGUGAUGGAAGAAAGGUGUGCCCCGCGCGCAGUCCUGCGUUAUAUUCUCGCUUGCGUGUCCGCGACGACUGAUUGAUAAUAACUCGUUUCCGCUCUCUCUCUCUCUCUCUCUCUCUCUCUCUCUCUCUCGGCAAAUAUGUGCCGAUGCUUUUUUUUCAUAUUGUAAAUCAUCAAGAGGUAUUACGUCCAUGCAACGUUGCGCCUCGUAUUAGUCAGCGACAGCUCGAAAUAAUAUAAUCGCGUUACGUCGUCUCCUUUAUCCGUUCGUAUAGAGUGAGAGAGAGAGAGAGAGAGAGAGAGGGAGAGAGAGAGAGAGCGAAAUCGAUCGAUGGACGCCGCUCGCGAAUCAAUUUUUUAACCCGCCGGCAGCUAUCUGCAGACGCAGCCGCAAUCCGGCAGCUAGUGUUUUUCGCUCGCGCAGUGUGUCUCGUGCACUCGCGGCCGGACGAACAUCAGCCGUCGUGUCGUCGCGCGGCUAUACGGAUGGCGCCCCGCCUGCUCCGAAAAUCAUCAUAACAAUAACAUCCCAAAGAGCAUCCUGAAAGUGUAGUUAUAUAUAUAUAUAUAUAUACACACACACACACACACACACAUGCGCAUAUAAGCUGGCCGCGCGCGCGUGUCGUCCAGGCCCCAGGGACCUCGCUGCUGCCAUCAUCAUCAGGAGGAGAGGGGCUCACGUACACGCGAGCUCGUGCACACAAUCAUGAGCGUCGGGUAGCGAAUUUCAAGUCCGCGAGUAUAGAGAGAGACCGGCGCGAGAUCGAGGCGUUGUCGCGCUCGCGCUGGACACUAAGUACUGUUGACCCGACGACGACGUCGACAACACUCUCUCGGCUAAGGAGACACACAUCGUCGGUGGCCGUCGCGCUGCAGAGCGAGAGAGAGAGAGAGAGAGAGAGAGAGAGAGAGAGAGAGAGAGAGAGAGAGAGAGAGAGAAAGAGAGCUGAGAGUUGAGAGGCACACACACGCAGCUACAGCAGAGCGACACGACGAGUUGUAGACGUGUUUCCUUGGAUGGAGCGGACGAGCUGCCGAGCGUCGAGGAAGUGGCCAUCGAGAGCAAGAUGAGCGAGAGCGAGGAGGCCCUCAAACGCGUCCUACACGUCGUCGUCGUCGCGGCCUUACCCAGCUGCAUCAGCUGAUCAAAGGGGCGCCGAUACCCUGCCCCUGCUGCAGCCCGAUUGUCGCUGCUAUACUCGGAGCCAAGGAGUGCGCAGGUUUGCCAAGGGUAGUUACUCUGAAAAGAAGAAGAAGAAGAGAUGGGGAACAAGAAUAGUUGUUGCGCCUAUUCUAGUCCACAGCUUGGACGGAAAGAUCUGUCAGGCGAUGGAGGUCCCAGGGGACUUGAGGAACACCUACCCGAAGGUGAAAUCAGUAUCAACAAUCUCCAACAUAUAAGUGAAAGAGAACCUGAGGAUUGGGACUCGGAUCCAUCUCUACAUCCAAGUGCUGGCACAAUUUUCAUGGAGCGCUCUAAACAAGCUAUCGAGAAUGGAUUAACUAGAAAGAAAAGUCAAUACCAAAUAGCAGACACCAGACCUCUAAAGAAGAGCAGCAGUUGUAGUACGAUAUACCUAGAUGACAGUACAGUUUCUCAGCCUAAUUUAAAGAAUACUGUCAAAUGUGUAGCUCUAGCUGUUUAUUAUAACAUUAAAAAUAGAACGUCCAAUAGGCAAAUUGAUAUAUUUGAUGAAAAGUUGCAUCCUCUAACUCGUGAUGGUGUGUCAGAUGAUUAUGACCGACAUAAUCCAGAACAUAAGCAAAUCUACAAAUUUGUCAGAACUCUUUUCAAUGCUGCACAACUCACGGCUGAAUGUGCCAUUAUAACACUAGUUUAUCUUGAACGCCUACUCAUAUAUGCUGAAAUAGAUGUAACACCAGCCAACUGGAAGCGAAUCGUUCUUGGGGCUAUUCUAUUGGCUUCAAAAGUGUGGGAUGAUCAAGCUGUGUGGAAUGUUGACUACUGUCAGAUUUUGAAAGACAUCACCGUAGAAGAUAUGAAUGAAUUGGAAAGGCAGUUUUUGGAAAUGCUUCAAUUUAACAUUAAUGUUCCUUCGAGCGUUUAUGCCAAAUACUAUUUUGAUCUACGCACCCUUGCCGAAGCAAAUGAAUUGACAUUCCCUAGCGAGCCUUUAAGCAAGGAGAAAGCCGCUAAGCUCGAGGCAAUGUCCAGAGUAUAUGAAGACAAAAUCAUGGCCGACGUUUUACGAAAUGGUAUUAAAAAAUGGUCUAGUUUAGACAAUGUGUGCAUAGGUGGACCUAGACGCAGUAUAGCUAUUUUGUCUUAGAGAAAACUAUUCAACAAUCAAAAGCAGAUACAGCUUUUGUUUUUAUACAAAAAGUAUGCACGCAAUAUUAAUUGAACGAUGGAGAACUGUCUGGUUAGAUAAUUUAAAUACUAGUUAUGAUUGUGAGAGUGUUGUAAUCAAAUUUUUUAUACAGUGUGAGAGUUUUGUAAAGAAGAGCAUAAUUAUCGUGUGAUUUAUGUUAUGAAGAAGUGCUAAUUGUUUUAUAGGAUGACACUUACUUGGCAUUUCAAAGCUAUAUUGUAAAUUUAGUAUGGCUUACUCUUGAGUAGGAUUCUUAUACAGUUACUUAACAAUUUGUAUGAAAAUAUUUGAUAGCUUUGAUCUUGCACUCGAGUCAACUUUUAACUAUUUUUUUUACGAGUAGUUAUUAAUCAAAUCAUUGUAUAAAUAUUAAGGCUGAUUUUUAAAUAUUUUUAUAGAAUGAGGGAUAACAUUCUGGCGUGUAUCAAAAAGUAUUUGGUUCUUGCAUAGUUUUUUCAUGCUAGAACAGUUCGGGAACAAGUUUCGUGAUUUUAAACGAGAAUACAUUUUUUUUUCCUAAUUUCUAUUUUAAUACAACUAACGACUGAAACAAACUUAAGUGUGAUAUGCUAGAUUAUUGAAGUCACAGGUUUUGAAAACUAUUAUUUGACAUUCUACAAAAGAAGUGUAAAAAAUGUUUUUGCAUACGUUGAAAUUAAAAAAUAUUUCCCUUAAAUUAAAAGCAUACAAAAUUUCUGUAACGAUACAUUAAAAUUUAAUUAUUUUAUAUGACAAUAGUUGAUAAGAUUUUUUUAUUUAUUUCUCGAAAGUUGAGUCAUAAAGUUUGAUGAGUUGUUUAGCGCUUUGUAUGUUAUUGAAUGCGUCUUUUUCUGUUAAAAUUAACGAUAGUUUCAUAGUAACAAAUACGAAGUCACGAAGAGAAAGCUUUUUUUCAAACUAUGUUGUGCUGUAGAAAUUGCAAAAGUGCCAAUACUAUUGAAAAAUUGUGCUAAAAGAAACGAGGUAUCACGAGCUCGAAAUGAAUGCAAUCGUGGCGUUUUCACUCAGACGUAGGCACGAGAUAUAGUUGAGCAGAACGUGGAAAAAAUGGCAAGCGGCCAAGACAAUUGCUAUCAGUGUCUUUAUUAAAAACCGAUUAUUUUUGUAUUCCAGCGCGACGAUGUAGAAUAUUUUCGAAGCUAAAAUACUUGCUUAAUUCCGCAAACAGUUCCUUGACUUUUCGAUUUUAGUUUCUAAUGAAACGUCAAAGAUCCUCGAAGUGAAAGUGCAAAGAAGGUAAAACGAAACGUUUCAUGAACGCCAUGCAAACAUGCUAAACGAGAAGUGAGUUAAGCGAAAGCCAUCAAGUUAUCCGAAUGUAACUUGAUUUCUCGGCAUAAUUAAAGAUUGUCAUAGAUUUUUCCAUGCAUAAAUCUAUUUUUUUAUACACUAAAAAAAAAUAGGAGAUCGUUACUAAGACAAUCUAGAAUCCCGAUUGCGUCCUGCAUUAAUGAUACGCUGUUGUCACGUGUGUACGUUACAUAUACGUCAGAUGGCUUAUUUAGGCUGCCCGUAAUAGUGCAUGCGAUUCUCUCUUCAAUUAGAAGUUUAUCAUAUUUCUAAAGUAAAUAAAAUCAAAAUAAUCAUUUUUUAACUAAAAUUUUAACAUUCUUCAAAUCUUAAUACGUCAAGUUUUUACUGUAUUUUUCGCAAACACCCUAACUUUGUAAUAAGAAACUUGAGCGCCGAUUACUGUAAACAAAUACUCAAUAGGCGAAAGUUUAUUAUGCUAUAUUUACGUAAUCAAAAUUAAUAGAUAAUAUUUCAAGGUAAAAUCGACCAUUAUGACUCGUCGGAAAAUGUAGUUUGCUUUAUAAAAAUGUAUACAAUAGUCGAUGCAAUACUUGUCGAAUGCACUAUUGCCACAGAAUCAGCCUGUACGUUAACGAUGCACCGUAUCUGUUUUAUAUUCGAAAUAAUUUUAAUGCAUAAGGUAUAUUAAUGCAAUUAGGCAAUUCAAUCUUCUUCCAUCCUAAAAUUCCCACGAUAUGCCCGGCGACUUUUAAUAUAUCGCACGCGCAUUUUUCGAUCGCAUGAAAAUAUAAUGAAUAUAGAUUUGUAAAAGGACUUCAUGUACGUAGCUAUACUGUAAUACUUAUCACGUCAAUUUUAGGAACUUUUUUUAUUUUGGUGCGACUUUUUUUAUAUAUACAUAUAUACGCUUUGAAAGACUGUAGUAGCUCUACCUCAGCCAUAAAAUUCAACUUCUCCGAACUACCGAAAUAACGAAAAAGAAUAAAAAUUUGAUGGUCUACGAUAGGAUAUGCUCCAAUAAAAAGCGCAGGCUUGAAUAUAGCUGCUUUUCGAAUUUUUACAUCGCGCUCUAGAAGAUAGACUGUGUUACACUUUUCAUAGAAUAUUUUUCAUUAAAUAGAAAAAUUAGAGAACAUUUUUAAUAUUGAGGUAUAACGUACACUACUCAUCGAUAAGUCCAACUUUGUUCCACAUAUUAGGAAGCAUUUCUCGUUAAUUCAAGUCAAAUAAUUUCUUUGCAAUGUAUAAAAUUCUACUUUUAUGUACAUACACGCAGAUAAUUUAAAAACAGCGUUUAUUUGUUAAAACCACACCCGCAACCAGAAAAUCUCUGCAAUAACAAGCUGCUACCGUUUUAUUUUUGCAAUUAUAUUUUUAAGCAUGUUUGUAAGUAAUCUCACUUUUUAGAGCGACUACAUCUUAUCGACUUAUGUAGGAUUGUACAAAGAGGAAGUUUGUCCACGCGUUUUUGUAAAAUAAUCACGGCUUUUUUACAUAAGACGAAAUAUUUCACACAAUGCAAUUACAUUUGUACAUAAGAAGUAUUGGGGGCCAAGAGGGUUUUGUACAAAUAGGGCCAUGCAAGUAUAAAAAUGAAAAAGAAAAAUAUCCAUUUCGAAUCGCACGGUAUCUAUUUUAAGCUGCUUCAUACGUCCACGUGUAAAAUAUUUGUUUUCUUUUGUCGAGCGAAUCCAUUAUUACACAUUGAAAUCGAAUUGUUUGUAUCGCUUCCCUCGAAGAAAAUUAAAAUUAAAUCUAGCGUGCAGAAGUAGAUAACAAAAAAUUAGGAGACAAAGAAGUAGGUUUGUGACGUUUGCGGCAUGUUGUUGUCGCGUGUCUUUCAUCAUAUCUUAUACUUUACAUUUAUCUCGAUUAUGUGGUUGACUAAAAAAAUACGCUCGCUCUUUCGUAACGGAAUCUUCGUAAUUUUAAUAAGCGCGUACAAUUUGGAUGAUUAACAAAUAAGUAGCUAGAAUAUUUCUCCAAAUCUUCCAAAGAUUCCAUUAUAAAAGUACGCGAGAGUUUUUUUCAACAGUCUAUUAUUAUGCCACUAAUAGCGUAAUAAUCUUGUCAUAAAAUCAAACAAAUAAGUACUAAAAAAAGGAAGAAAAAAAAAGAAAAAAAGUAGAAAGUGAUAGUAAAUUUUUAAUGAAAUUCAGUCUCUAAUCGAAAAAAAAAAAACAACUCGUAACCCUUAGACGUCGAUCGGCGUAGUAACGUAAUAUUUCGAAUAAAACACACGUAAUUUAAUUUCGAUCUCAUCGUAUAUAAUAAUCUUUAUAUACUCUAGCGAAUAUUCGAGUAUUCUUUUCGUGAUUAAAAAUCUAGUGCCUGGAAGAAUGAAAGAAAGUUUUUUCACAACAAACAACCGAGUGUAAUUUUUCAUUACAUUUACGUGCUCCAAUCCUGUAUACUAAAUAGAAACAAUUACAUUGUUUCGUCGAAAAUUUAUAUCGUUAUACGAUUCAAGGGAAGAAGAGAAGAAAUUCGACAAAUGUUAAUAAAUGUGCUCAAUAAAUCGCAUGUUCAUAUAAUA